UUUGUAAUAAGUUGUAGAGGAUACGCAUUGGUAGCUGUUGAAUCUUGUUAAGAUGUUUUCUGUUUUCCUUACAUUAUUAGUGACGUAGGUUUGCGCUCUCCGAAUGCUUUUCCUGGUUCGAACAGUAACAACUUUAAUCAUGCCUCGCCAUCCGUUGUUUUGUCUAUAGCGGAUCCCCUCGCCCCUACACCAACACUUGUUUGACGGCGGGGUUUUCGUAAGGGAUUACAACCCUCCUGUUCUUAAUGCGCCUUCUUUAAGACUUUGUUUGCAUUGUUCUUGAAGCAGCAAGUCACCUGUUCCCUUCUUACGCUUGUUCAGGGGUGCGUGUCUCCGGCUAUGUGCUGUAGCACCACGUCCCAGUCCGGCAGUGUUUACGUUCGGACCCAAACAUCGUCUGCAACUUUUGGUCCUGAGAAUCCGUUUCGUUUGUUACAGUUGGAGCGAUGUCAAGUCGGUGUUGUGGCGAAUCUGUCGAACACGUGUUGGAGUGGAGUUGCUGAGGAGUCAUUCUGUGGAAGUAGCAGACCCUCGUCCUACUCUCGCUGUGUGGGCUGAAACGUAAGGGGCGGAUCUCUCAACGGCAAGAUGUCGUCUGUGUCUUCCAGUACGGAGAGUACAGGAGAUGAGAUGUGGGAGGUGGAGAGUUCCGGCGAUCCCUACAAGAUCACCAUUCACUUCAUCGUGGACCCCGGCGAGAACACGCGCACGCGCAGGACCUUACAACCCCUCCUGGACUGGUUCGACGCCGACCUGCAGUUGUUCUGCAUCGCCGAAAGGGGGCGCAAGAAACGCAGGCCGUCGUCGGCCGUUCAAAAUGGCGUCAACGGCCACAACCACGACGCGCCCCGUUACCCCUCCCUCGCCAUAAUGUUGUUCUAUCACGAGGAACUUGCUCGAGAUAAGAUUUCUCAAGUCCACGAGUGUUUCAAGAAGCCGCCUUGGAGAUUCCACCACAAGGCCAUGCCUUCUGGAAACGUCUUACCUUAUCCGCCGAACAACCAAGACUUCUUCACCUUCGCGGAGGACAUGCCCUUGUGGGCGGCCCGCCAGGUGCAUUAUGGGACGGAACACGUUCGAUUCGUGCUGUUCUGUUCGCGCCAGAACUGGGAGGACAUGAUCAGCUUCUACAAGAUGAUCCUUCGCAAGGACAUGGACGUCAGAAAGACGGAUUUCUGCUGUUUCGUGGUGUAUUCGCAGCCCGGAUUGGAUGUACAGUUCGCGCUAAAGAUGUUGCCGGACAACACGAAGCCAAAACACGUCGACUCCGCCAUCAUGCAGUUUCGCGUGAAGGAGAUCGGACAACUGGUGCCCCUGCUGCCCAACGUGUGCAGCCCCAUCAGUGACGUCAGAUGGCAAACCACGGACUACGAGGGGAACAAAAUCCUUCUCGAAGUGCCGAGAAGAAAGGUACACGGCGUACCCAGCCCUUACUACGGCAGUCCGUACACUAGCGCUAGCUCCAACGGAACUCCCUCUCAGAGCCCCUGCGCCUCUCCUGCAGCCAGCCUGCAAGGGAUACCGCUAUCCCCUUUCACAUCCCCACUGUCCAGUUCUCACACAACCCCCAACUCGACCCCGCGUUCUUCCAGUGGAAGCAUCAAAGUUCCAAGAAUAUCAAUCCUAAAGACGACCGAAGUACAGAGACCGUCGCAGAAGCCGGUCCCGGCCCCGCGCCCCUCCAUCGUACCUCGCACCUUAAAACUCUCUCAAGGCUCUGACGUCACCUCUGACGUCACGGACAUGACGUCAGAUAGAACUGACUACGAGAGCUCCCUCCAUUCGGAGGCGGACGCUGAGGAUGUAGAAUCGAGCAGGGAGAGUGAGGUUCACGAAGACAGCCAUAGUGUCAUGAGCUUCUUUGUAUAGCCAGGCGUUUGAUAACUACUGGUGUAAGAAUGUAUGUGGGGAAGGAAAACCUCAAGCCAACCGUUCACACUUACGCCACAUCUUCACAUCUUACGCCUAAUAGGAAAUCUAUUCGAACCAGUACACAACAGACAUGCUGUACUAUGCUCAUUCGAGCCCAUAAUUAUUAUAACACUGAGGAAGCCACACGGCGAAACAUGUUUGUUGUGUACUGGUUCGAAUAAAGUUCCUAGGCCUAUACGGGGAACAUGUGGCUGCAGCGUCUUUUCUGAAGUGUGAACGGUUGGUUUGAGGUUGUCCUUCCCCACAUACUCUACUAGUGUAAGGGUGCUUAGUUAAUUGCCCCGCCCCUGAGGCGUCGCCAAAAAUUGAACAUGGAAGACAGUGAAUAACUUCAUCGCAUCGGCAGAUCAUAUGAUGUGGAGUUAUUUUCUUGUACACAACUAGAUUUUUAAAAUUCUUACUUGCCUACGAAAUCCAUUCAGAAGGUCUGAGGAAGGCAGCAGACAGAAACUGAAAUGUUGGUGGAUGCUGACAAGAUAGCUGUGUACAAAAAACAACUCCACUAUCUUAUGAUGAACAUGUUGGUCAUGUAUUGAAUUUGAUGAAUAAAUCAAAGCAAAGACUUGAUCAGACUGUCCUUUACCCUUUGUAAAGUGGAU